CUGUUUUAAUAGUUAUCCAGAAAACACAAUCUGAAACGAUUUCGUGUGAUAAGUGCAUACAUAUUGCGGUGUGUGACACAUUUCUGUCACAUCUGUGCUGAAUAGAGUUCACAGUCGGGUGUAGGAUUAGUGUUCAAGUACUUUAGAAGCAAAGCUAAUUAUAAAAUAGCGCUCUGGCAUUUAUUUUGAAAUUCAGUGUUGUUUCCUAAAAAGACGAGAACUGUAGACAACGAAGGAGACAGCAUGGAGGAGACACCAACAACUCAGAACCCAGAACCAACCCCAUCUCAACCAGUGCCAGUAAAGUCCAAGACCCAGACCGAGAUAGCACCACCCCAGGGAUCUUCGGUAACCACCAUCCCCAAAGAGAGGCCAAUAUCUGUCGACCCCAUAGAGAGACCACUGCCAGCACCUAGACCAGCCGUUGUCCCCAACAAACCUCAGAUCUCCAAAACCCAAAUGAAUGAGUUCCGUGAAGCAUUCCGACUGUUUGAUAAGGAUGGUGAUGGAAGCAUCACACAGGAAGAGCUGGGUCGUGUCAUGCGCAGUCUCGGCCAGUUCGCCAGAGAGGAGGAACUACAGCAGAUGCUCCACGAGGUGGACAUUGAUGGGGAUGGUUACUUCAGCUUCGAGGAGUUUGUAGAAAUCGUGUCCAACAUGGGUGCUACAGCUGAGCGCACAGCUGAUCAAGAAGAGAAAGAACUGCGAGAUGCAUUUAGGGUGUUUGAUAAGCACAAUCGUGGAUACAUCAGUGCAUCGGAUUUGAGGGCUGUGCUGCAAUGUCUUGGAGAAGAUUUGUCAGAAGAAGAGAUUGAGGACAUGAUUAAAGAGGUAGAUGUUGAUGGCGACGGAAGGAUUGAUUUUUACGAAUUUGUCCAUGCACUGGGAGAGCCAGGCCAAGAUGAUGACUUGGAGGAAGAUGAUGAAGACGUUCUAAUACAAGGAUAAACUGAUCGGGUCAUCCACAUGUCAUCUGUAUAAUUCACUAUUGCAACAAUCAUAUCUAUAUCAUUUGUUAUACUAUAUUGUAAGAGCGUCUCAUAUCACGUUCAUUUCGACCAUUUACAAUCUUUCAGAUGUCAAACGACUGGGAUACAUGUGCAAUUAUUCAGUGUGAGACACCUAUAUGGGACCGUAAGCUGUGUUUUCAUUUAUUCUAUAUACAGCUUUACGCUGAUACUGGCUUUUGUGCUAAUACUGUCUACAUUUUUAAUAAAUAAAUUGAUAACA